CUUCCGAAGGAGACCCCACAUGAUCGGGCUCACAGGACAAGGAGGUGCCCAUUCUAAUGAGCUUGGUGGAGGCACUGGUCGGCUCUGAAUUACCGACUACAUCCCCCCACGCGUUCCUCGUCUCCAUCAAGACAAAUAAUAAAAGGACUGUAAUCGCUCACAGCCGAGAGACUCACAGCGUGAAACCGACAGCCGUGCGCCGCCGCACGUGUCCCAGAUGGACCAGGAGAUCCCGCUGGUGCAGAGGAAGAUGUCUGACCUGGAGUCAGUGCUGCAGCAGAAGGACGUUGAGCUGAAGGCCUCGGAGACCCAGAGGAGCAUCCUGGAGCAGGACCUGGCCACCUACAUCACCGAGUGCAGUAGUCUGAAGCGCAGUCUGGAGCAGGCGCGCAUGGAGGUGUCCCAGGAGGACGACAAGGCCCUGCAGCUCCUUCACGACAUCCGGGAGCAGAGCAACAAGCUGCAGGAGAUCAAGGAGCAGGAGUACCAUGCCCAGCUGGAGGAAAUGCGCGUGGCCAUCAGACAGCUGGAGGAGGACCUGUCGGCCGCCCGUCGCCGUAGCGACCUGUACGAGGCGGAGCUGAAGGAGUCCAGGCAGAGCAGUGAUGAGCUGAAGAGGAAGGCGGCCGACUACCAGCAGAGGAUGCAGAAGGCCAAGGAACAAGGCAAAUCAGACACUGAGGAGCUGAUUGGGAAGCUGGAAAAGACUAACACCGAACAGCAGACUAAGAUUCAAGAUCUCCAGGAUAAGUUGGCAAAGGCAGUGAAGGCCAGUGCAGAGUCCACUGACCAUCUUCAGAGCAUCCGAAGCUCCAAGGAGCGCAUGGAGCGAGAGCUGGAGAGGUUCCAGAACAAGGAGGACGCCAGCGACAGUCUCCGGAGACGACUUCGGGAGACGGAGGAUGGAAGGAAGACCUUGGAGAACCAGGUGAAAAGGCUGGAGAUUGUUGAACGCAAGGAGUGCAAGCUGAAGGAAGACAUCCAGAGCAAAGCCCAGCAGAUGCAGCAGAUGUCGGAGAGGAUUCAGGAGUUGGAGGAAAGCCUGCGAGAGAGCCAGUCCUCAGCCCAGCGUAUAGGGACUCAUCUUGAGCAAAAGGAAAAGCUGUUUGAGGACAAGACCAAGGUGCUGGAGGCCCAGAUGAAGGUGGACAUGGCGGAUAAGGAGAUGCUGAGGGCCGGUCAGAGCAAAUCCGAGGAGGAGUUGCGGGAGAAGUGUGGGGUGAUCAGCGACCAGCGGGCGACCAUCAACGCCAUGGAAUCAAAGACCAACAGUCUGGAGCAGAGGAUCUCUGAACUCUCUGAAGCCAACAAGCUAGCCGCCAACAGCAGCAUCUACACCCAGAAGAACAUGAAAGCCCAGGAGGAGAUGAUCUCAGAGCUGCGGCAGCAGAAGUUCUACCUGGAGUCCCAGGCGGGAAAGCUGGAGGCCCAGAACGCCAAGCUGGAGGAGCACCUGGAGAAGCUCAGCCAGCAGGAGCACAGCAGCAAGAGCCGGGGCCAGGAGCUGGAGACCCGGCUGAGGGAGAUGGGCCUGGAGCAUGAGGAGCAGAAGCUGGAGAUCAAGCAGCAGGUGUCUGAGCUGACCCUGUCGCUGCAGGAGCGUGAGUCCCAGCUCAGCGGGGUGCAGACGGCCCGGCGCUCGCUGGAGAGCCAGCUGAACCAGGCCAAGACGGAGCUGGAGGAGACCACUGCCGAGGCCGAGGAGGAGAUCACUGUGCUGCGGGCUCACCGGGACGAGAUCCAGCGCAAGUUUGAUGCCUUGAGAGACAGCUGCGCGGUGAUCACAGACCUGGAGGACCAGCUGACCACGCUGACCCAGGAGAACGCCGAGCUCAACCGGCAGAACUUCUACCUGUCCAAGCAGCUGGACGAGGCCACGGAGGAGAACGAGGAGCGCCUGCAGCUGGGCGAGGACGUGGACCGGCUGCGGCGCGAGGUGGCCGACCGCGAGAUGCACCUCAACAACCAGAAACUGAACGUGGAGACCCUGAAGACCACGUGCACCAUGAUGGAGGAGCAGGUGGUGGAGCUGGAGACCCUGAACGACGAGCUGAUGGAGAAGGAGCGUCAGUGGGAGGCCUGGAGGGCCCAGCUGGAGGAGGAGAAGGGCCAGGCGGAGAGGAGGGGCCGGGACCUGCAGAGGCUGCUGGACACCGAGAAGCAGAACAGGCUGCGGGCGGACCAGCGCAGCACUGAGUCCAGGCAAGCAGUGGAGCAGGCUGUCAAGGAGCACAACGAGGAGAUCCUGGCCCUGCAGCAGGCCCUCAAAGACCAGAACCUCAAAGCAGAGAGCUUAUCCGACACGCUGAAUGACCUGGAGAAGAAGCAUGCCAUGCUGGAGAUGAACACUCGCAGUCUGCAGCAGAAGCUGGAGAGUGAGCGGGACGUGAAACAGAGGCUGGUGGACGAGCAAGCCAAGCUACAGCAGCAGAUGGACGCCCAGAAGACCCACAUCUUCAGGCUGACCCAGGGGCUGCAGGAGGCCCUGGAGCAGACCGACUUGCUGAAGACCGAGAGGACCGACCUGGAGUACCAGCUGGAGAACAUCCAGAUCCACCUGCAGGCCGUGUUCUCCCAUGAGAAGGUGAAGAUGGAGGGCACCAUCACGCAGCAGACCAAGCUCAUCGACCUCCUGCAGUCCCGCGUGGACCACGGCGGCUCCAAGAAGAAGAAGGGUCUGUUUGGCGGGCGUCGUCGUGAGGACCUCCUGGCUGCCAUGGCGGCCCAGUCCCAGUCCCAGGGGGGGGGCCCGGUGCCCAGCGGGCCCCCCGCCCAGCCGGUGCCCCUCCAGUACAGCGACAUCAAGGUGGCCCUGGAGAAGGAGCGCUCGCGCUCCUCCGACCUGGAGGACGCCAUGCAGAAGAUGAGGGCGGAGCUACGCUCACUCAGGGAGGAAGCGCUGCAGUACAAGGCCCUGGAGCACGGCGGCCCAGCGGCCCCGCCCCCCUCCCGCCACAUGGUGAUGUCCUCCAUGGUGAAGUCCCCUGAGCACCAGCCGGGCCCGAGCAGCAUGGCCCCCGCCAGCUCCGCCCGCCGCAAGGAGACGGCCACGCCUGAGGAGUACAGCCGUCGCAUGAAGGACAGCCAGCGCGAGCGGGACCGGGGCCACCACGCCACGCCCCACCACUUCUCCGUGGGGCUCAACAUGCGGGCCGCCAAGUGCACAGUGUGCCUGGACACUGUGCACUUUGGCCGCCAGGCCGCCACCUGCCUGGAAUGCCACGCCCUCUGCCAUCCCAAGUGCUCCCCGUGCCUGGCAGCCACAUGCGGCCUGCCCACGGACUGCGCCAUGCACCUUUCUGACGGCCUGGGCCGGGACAAGGGCAGCUCCCCCGGACAGCUGCAGGGCAAAGAGGCCGGGGUACACGUGCACCUGGAGGGCUGGAUGAAGCAGCCCAGGAGCGGGAAGCGGGGGCAGGGCUGGGAGAAGAAGUUCUCCAUCCUGGACGGCACCAAAGUAUCCGUGUACGAGGUGGAACCCAGAGAAGAGCCCGUCAAGCCCCUGGAGGAGUUUGAGCUGUGCCCCUCUGACGGGGAGGUGAUGGUGCACGGGGCUGUAGGGGCCUCAGAGCUGCCAAACAUCGGCAAGUCAGAUGUCCCCUACGUGCUGAAGCUGGAGUCCUUCUCCCACUCCCCAUGCUGGAUGGGUCAGAGCCUGUACUUCAUGGCCCCCAGCUUCCCGGAGAAGCAGCGCUGGGUGGCGGCGCUGGAGUCGGUGGUGGCGGCGGGCCGCAGCUCCAGGGAGAAAGCGGAGGCCGACGCAGCUGUGGUGUCCAGGAGACUAAGAGCUCUGACUCCCCUCCAGAAGCUGUUGGGCAACUCUCUGCUGAAGCUGGAGGGAGAUGACCGGCUGGACAUCAACUGCACGCUGCCUCUCACUGAUCAGAUCGUGCUGGUGGGCUCUGAGGAGGGACUCUACGCCCUGAACGUCAUCAAGAACUCCCUGACCCACGUCCCGGGGCUGGGCUCCGUGUUCCAGAUCCACAUCAUCAAGGAGCAGGAGAAGCUGCUCAUGAUCGUUGGGGAUGAGAGAGCUCUCUGUCUGGUGGAGAUCAAGAGAGUGAAGCAGUCUCUGUCCCAGUCCCACCUGCCCAGCCAAUCAGACCUGGCGCCCUACAUCUUUGAGACGGUCAAGGGCUGCCACAUGUUCGCAGCUGGACGAAUUGACAACGGCCCGUGUAUAUGUGCUGCCAUGCCCAGCAAAAUCACUAUCCUGCGCUACAACGAAAAUCUCAACAAGUUCUGCAUCCGUAAGGAGAUCGAGACCCUUGAGCCCUGCAGCUGCAUCCACUUGACCAGCUACAGUGCCAUCAUCGGCACCAACAAGUUCUACGAGAUUGAGAUGAAGCAGUUUGCGCUGGAGGAGUUCCUGGAUAAGAACGACACCUCGCUGGCCGGCGCCAUGUUCUCCGCCUCCUCCCACUGCUUCCCCAUCGCCAUCAUGCAAGUGGCCAACAGCAUGCAGAAGGAGGAGUACCUGCUCUGUUUCCAUGAGUUUGGGGUGUUUGUGGACGCGUACGGGAGGAGGAGUCGCACCGACGACAUCAGGUGGAGCCGCCUCCCUCUGGCCUUCGCCUACAGAGAGCCCUACCUGUUUGUGACCUACUUCAACUCCCUGGACGUGAUAGAGGUCCAGGUCCACGCCUCCCUGGGGCCGCUGGUGCUGGCCCACCUGGACAUCCCCAACCCCCGCUACCUGGGCCCAGCCAUCUCCUCUGGGGCCAUCUACCUGGCCUCCACCUACCAGAACAAGCUGAGGGUCAUCUGCUGCAAGGGCAGCCUGAUCCGGGAGUCCGGGGAGCAGAGGAGCACGUCCAGCCGCGGCAGUCCCAGCAAGCGCGGCCCCCCCACCUACACAGAGCACAUCACCAAGCGCCUGGCGUCGGGCCCCGGAAGCCACGAGGGCCUCCACCGCGAGCCCAGCACGCCGCACCGCUACCGGGAGGGCCGGACCGAGUUCCGGCGGGACAAGUCCCCGGCGCGGCCCCUGGAGCGGGAGAAGUCCCCGGGCCGGGUGCACGACAGCCGCAGGGAGCGCUCCCCCAGCCGUUUCGGGGAGAGCGGCCGGCUGCACUCCAGCUCCGUCCGCACCCAGCUCACGCCCGUCAACAAGGUUUGGGAUCAGUCAUCUGUGUGACCCCAUCUCCCUGUUUGUCGCUUCUAAUUGGAUGCAGAGGAGAACAGCAUCUUAACUCCCUCUGCGUCCACACAUCACGGAGCGUGGGACCCGUCGGCUGUACAUAGCGCCCAUCCCAGCUCCUCGUUCCACCACACAAGACACUUGCAAUGGAAGAUCUGUACUUGGUUAACAGCCAUCGGAUGCGUGUGUAUAGGAUACGUGUGUUCAAUGCAGGAUUUCGGGGCAGCAGAUCAAAACGGACACACACACACACACACACACACACACACACACACACACACACACACACACACACACACACACACACACACACACACACACACACACACACACACACACACACUGUAAAUAGUUGUUUACGUUUUUAUAUACCAAAGGGAAGAGAAGGCUGGUGAAGCCGUGUCUAUUUUUUUUUAAAGAAAUGCAUUUCUAACAAUGUUGCAGGGAGAUUAAUUGUGUCACUGGGAGAAAAAUCUAUCAUCAACUUUCAAUUAUAAUCUGAAGAAAAUGUAUCGGCUUUCUCUAUUCAGGUAAACGCACCUGUAGUGAAUGCUUUGAACGGUUGAACAGGACAGCACUUCGCACACAAGGUGGAAUUGAAAUAGGAUUCAACGACUCACGGGCGUGGGAACUCUGGUUGUGACGGACCUUAAUUGGACGCUUAAUUAACCAACAUAGGGCCUAAUUCAAUGACGAUUGUUGCUACAAAGCUUCCUUUUGUUUGUUGUGGUGACCCUAUGGUUACAUUCAAUAUGAAGCAAACGGCACCAGCCAGGCUUGGUCGUGAACCAAGACUUCCUAAGCGGGCUCAGUCACAAAGCAACUCCGUCACCGACCCUCUUUCUCCGUGUCUGACUCUGGUUGUUGUACAGACGUCUUUGCGCUCGGUUAGUUUACAUUAAGUUUUUUUGUUCGUUUCUUUACUCCUGUGUAGUAAACUAUGAUACAAUAGUUGUAAAAACCGCAGGGCACACGGCCGUUACUUAGGUGUAUCGCUUCCUCUGAUGGAAUGUUGCCAGAUUGGGCCAGUUGUCCAGCCCAAUCUUGCAACACCGCUCUGGGGGCCAGCAGGUGAGUCCCCCGUGUGUCGCGUCAAGGAGCAUGAGCUUUCUGGAGCGGCAGCCUCUUCUCUUGGUUGUGCUUUUCUUGUCAUGUGGCCGAUUGAAUUUACAUUUGAUUCUGUAUUCAUUGAUGUGAGACGAUUACUAAACAUUUUUUGUCUCGAUUUUAAAAAACAUGUAAAAAGGUGCAGAAAAUUAAACAUGACUUGGU